AUGAGCAAGCAAAAGUCGUUGCAGGAUAAACGGAGGAGGCAGCAAAAAGAAGCCGAGUCAAUCGAAAAGAUCAAAAGUAAAUGUGCCCAGGACCAUGGAAAGCCUCACGUUGCGCAUUGUAAAGAAUGCUACGGUGAGGUUGUGGAGACGAUGAGAAGCAGAUACAUUGAUUCCAAGGAUGAGUGGUUCUCAAACAAUGCCGCCUUCUUGAGCGACCUCGACGGUCUUUUCACUAAGCUCAAAGACUUUACGGAAGACCUCAAAGCCAUCGAAGCCCGAAUCGACCAAGAAAAGGCAAAGCAUUACCGUGAAACCCUGCCAAAGACAGCGGCAGGGCGUGCUGCUGAGGCUUCAAUGGGCAAGGAGAACUUCCAAGCCGCGUUAGAAGACCCGGAGAAGCCUAUAGCUGUUCUCAUAGAGGAUAUCCGCAAGGCUGUCAACAAGGGUGUCGAUAACCCGCCAAAAUUAGAUGACAUAGCCCCGAAGUUUGACGACUUAACCAAAGAGAAAGAAGCCGACAUUCUCAUAGAUGUCUUCUUUCGGGACCCGAAGACGGGUGAGAUCCCGGAAUCAUGCAAAAAAUACGUCGAGAAGCUGCAGUCUGGUGCUGCUAUUGAAGACGUAAUGGCCGCCAUGGAUGCCGACAGACCGGCUAGAUCGCAGGCUGCGGGCAACACGGACAGGCACAAGCGGACGCUUAAUGAGCUUAAGAGGGCGCAGGCGGCACAUGAGCAGGAUAAGAUUCUGAAAGCUCAGAAGCGACAGCAACCUCCUCCUCAAGGUCCGCAGGUCAAUAAAGAGCUAUACGAUCUCCCACCAUGUAACGUUUGCUCGGGCAAGGUAUCGCCAGAGAACGUCAUCGCAUGUCCGGCUUGCUUGAUCUUUGCCGAAUUGAGCCUUACUAAGAGGACGGUUUUCGAUUCGGACAAAUGCUACGAGGAGGGAUAUGACGAACACGUUAACAACGCGCACAGUUGUGCUGCUGGUGAGGGCUGUAUCCAGCUGAAGGACGAGGAUGAAGAUAUGGGCGGCCACGGAGAGGGACCUGUCAUCUGCGAGGAGUGCGCAGAGCAGCUGGGCCAAAGCACAGUAUACUGUUCAUCGCAAUGUGCAAGCUCAGAUUUCCAAGCGCAUCGUGAGGGAGUACAUAUUCCCAACUGGAAGGGCCUCGGGAUCGACCUCGACACACAAAGCGAGCACCUGAUCUACGACAACGAUGAGAAGACAAAGUACCAUGUCAACGACAUUUCCAAGUUCGUAUGGCGACUUGACGAUGCCUUUGAGCGAAUUUUCAGGGGCAAUAACCCCGACAUUAAGGACAUACAAAACUGA